AUGCUCCAUAUCCUAGGUUAUCUUGACGUGCCUGACCUGCUGCCUACUUCUCGAGCAUGUCACUACCUGCGCUCUCUCUGCGCGGACCCGGUCCUCCACCAAUACCGCCUCAGGCGCACUCGGCUCACCCUCCCUCCUUUACUAGCCAUGCACAACCGGCUUUCCCUGGAAGAUCUCAUUACCCGCUCCAUCUUCCUGACACACACGUCAGUCGUGUCUCGAAAACUUACUCGUUCCCUAGUCUCCAUCCGCCUGUCCCGUCGCCUAGCCGCUCGCCCCUCCCCCGAGGCCCUAGUUCAGCGUGCAGUGUUGCCUCCGGAAUGCGUCCCCGGCAUGGCGACUGUACACGUUGUCCCUGGUCUGGUGGCCAAGCGCAGGGCUAUCGAAAGGGAAAGGGUCAAGGAUGGUCUCAGGCGGUGGAUUGCUGCCAAGUGGCGCGGGGAAGUACAUGAGCGUGAGGAGAGGGCUCGCCACCGGGAUGAAGUACGUGGCGUGGGCCGGGUCUGGCGACUUACUCGAUUUUGGGAGCAGGUCGGCCGUGGAGAGCAACGUCUAGCGAUGCAUUAG